UAUCCUAGAGGAAAGAACAAGGGUGCUUUGUUCGUCCCUGUACCGGUCGGAGUCUCCCCGUCCGAGUCCAUGGAGGACUCCGCCAAGAGGAGAGGCAGAUUCCAGGCCAUGCGCUUGGAAGCCGAGGCCGCCUCCUCCUUCCAAAGCCUCGACUCUUCUUCGUCUUUGCCGUCGUCGCUGCAUUCGCCUCAGCUCGCCAACCCUCUUCUCUACCCUCCGCCUGUCGCCGAAAGUUCGCCGCCGGCCCCCAGGUUCGACUACUACACGAACCCCAUGUCGGCCUUCUCCGGCGCCCAGAACAGGGGCGGCCCAGGCGCUUAUUCCUCUCCGACCCCCCCGCUCUCAAGCCCUAAUGUUGGUCAAUGGAACUAUCAUAUGAGGCCUGCUCAUCCAUUACACACAACUCAGUCUCCAGGUUCCACUUCAUACGAAAUGCAGUCCCAGUUUUGCCAAAGCACCUUGUGGAGAAGUCCUGUUCAAUACUCAGCUCCUUAUGCAGGGUGUCAAGGAACUCCUGUUAGUGGCUCAUCCCAAUUUUCGCAAAACACCUUUUGGAGAAGCCCCCUUCAAUAUUCAGCUCCUUACGCAGGAUGCCAAGGAACUCCUGUUGGUGGCUCGUCCCAAUUUUCCCCAAAUACCUCCCGGAGAAGCCCCCUUCAAUAUUCAGCUCCCGACGCAGGAUGCCAAGGAACUCCUGUUGCUGGCUCGUCCCAAUUUUUGCCAAAUACCUCCUGGAGAAGCCCCAUUCAAUAUUCAGCUCCCUACACAGGAUGUCCAGCAACUCCAGUUAGCGGCUCCAGUGUCUCGAGUAGAUCUGGCGGUUCCUCCUGCUACUCCUAUCGCCCAACUCCAGUAAGUGGCGGCUUCAGUCCUCACCAUGGACGAGGAGGGAGCCAUCUGAGUAACCGUGGAAAGAGAGGUAGUCCACACUCAAAUUCUGGCCGAGGCAAAGGUGGGCGGCUCAGUGGCAACUGUAGUCCACGACAGACUGGAGGACAUGGCCAUGGUUUCCAUCAUGAUGGCUCAUGCCAGCAGGAUACCGGACACUACUACCGCAAGUCCAUGGUAGAAGAUCCAUGGAGCGAAUUAAAGCCUAUUGUUGGGGAUAUAACUAAGCCGAGGUAUUGGCCGCUUAACUCGAAGAAAGCAAAAGUUAUUGAGAGGGGCAACGAGUACCAGUUUUCUAAGACGGGCGGCCUGGCUCAGUUUCUUGCAGAAUCUUUUGAAGAGGCUGUCACCGAGACCUAGGUUAUGUUCUAUUAUUUCAUAAUUAUGUUUACACUAAAAUGUCAGCUUUAGUUUGCAAUCUCUGUUUAGUUAAUUCAGUUUAAACAUUGGGAAUAUGAUUAGCAUGGAAUUCAGCUUCCUGUAGCCGCUCAUCUGUCCUAAGUUAUAAGUUGUUGGAUUUAUGUAGGAUUCAUGUAAUAUGUCGCAGGAUUGCAGCAUACCUGUGCAUUUUAUGUCAGAGGCUCCUCUUGGGACGCUAUUUUAUGUUGGCAAUGGAAAAAAUGAGAUCUGAAGUGCCAAUCAGUUAUCCAA